AUGGGUUACACCACUCUCUGGAAGAGGCUGUCGCCUACCCAGCUCAAUCUCGCCAUCCAGACCUUCUCCCUCAUCAGUAUCUUCUUCGAAGGUUAUGAUCAAGGUGUGAUGGGCGGCGUUAAUGCCUCUCCACGUUAUGUUACCGAGGUUGGUAUCGGCUUGCCUGAUGGCACAGUAACGGACGAAGUUCACCAGGGUGGUAUUGUAUCAGUCUACUACGUCGGAUGUAUCUUUGGCUGCUUUGCCGGAGGAUGGCUUGCGGAUAGGAUUGGACGAAUUAACGGUCUCUUCAUCGGAGCCGUCCUCUCCCUCAUCGGCGGUGUGCUGCAGGCGGCAACUCAGUCGAGCGACUUCAUGAUCGUGGCCCGUGUCGUGACCGGUCUCGGCACCGGCGCCCUUACCGGCAUCACCCCCGUUCUCGUCUCCGAAACCUCAACAGCAUCACACAGAGGCGGCUUCCUCGGCUACGUCUUCAUCGCCAACUACCUCGGCAUCGCAGUCGCGUACUGGAUCUACUUUGGCAUGUCCUUCCUCGACAACGGAAAUUCGGACGUUCAAUGGCGCUUCCUCCUUGCUUUCCAGUGCUUCCCUGCCAUCCUGCUUGUCCUCGGAAUCAAGCUUCUACCCGACAGCCCUCGAUACCUAGCAUCAGUUGGCCGCCUCGAUGACGCAAGAGAGGUCCUGGAGCAUGUGCGAGGAACCCACGAUGCUACUGCUGUCGAGAUGGAGUUCCAGGAGAUUGCCGCUGUUGCGAAGUCAAGCCAGAAGAGCUCACCCAUUCAAUUCGCCCAGAUCCUAGCUGGACAAGGCGGCAAGCCCGGUCAUCUUGGCCGCAGGGCGUGGUUGUGCAUGCUCUUGCAGAUCAUGGGUUCAUGGACCGGUAUCACAGCAGUGACGGCUUAUGCCCCUGUUCUCCUCUCAGCCGCCGGUUACGACCGUCUUACCCAGAACGGCCUGACCGGUGGUCUUAGCACCGUCGGUAUUGUUGGAACCAUCAUCAGCGCCCAGAUCGUGGACCGCCUUGGUCGCCGCAAGUGCCUCAUGGGCGGAUCAUUCGCCUUGUUCGUUGUCAACCUCGUUGCCGCCUGUGUCUACGAAGGCGCGAGGGCACACCCGGAGCGCUCUUCAUCCUUUGCUCCUGCUGCUGUCACCAUGCUGUUCCUCUUCAACAUCUGCUACGCCGCAACCUGGGGUACUGUUGCGUUCCUGAUCCCUACCGAGAUCUGGUCCUCGGACAUGCGUGCCCAGGGCAACGGCUUUGGUAUCACGGGGUGGGCUAUUGGUGUUGGUUGGACCGUCCUGGUCAACCCCAUCAUGUUCAGACACCUCGAGAACAGGACCUACUUCCUCUUUGCGGGACUCAACCUUCUUUGGAUUCCCAUUGUGUACCUCUUUUACCCGGAGACGGCCAACCGCUCAUUGGAAUCGAUCGACGUCCUCUUUUCAACGGACAGCCCCUUCCACUGGGCCAUGGAACGUGCUUAUCGCCAGCAUGGCGACAUUCUCGCCGACAUGGACUCUUCAGAUGGCCCUGCCAAGAAGAGCGAAAGCGAACCACACGGGAUUGAGGAGUCUGUUCAUAACGAGCGUGUUUAA